AUUAAGUGACCACCUUGUUAGUGAGUCUUGUACGAUUCACAAAGAGUUGAGACAGAGACAUCUUGGCGUUUUUUAUGGUGGAUUUGCUGCUGCCACAAUCGGAGAUAACAUUGAGAGACCAGUGAUCAUGGUGGACCUGUUUAUCAACCGGGUCUUGGUUAAAAACAACAGGGACCAGGAUGAACUGGACACGGAGCGGGAGAUAGUGAAUCGUCUGCAGAACCGCAUCCUGCUGCUGUUCUUUGGUUCAGCAGCUUGUGACAGGUGCCAGGAGUUUGCUCCAGCGCUCAGUGACUUCUACAAACGACUCACAGACGAGUUCUAUGUGGAGCGCUCGGCUCAGCUGGUCCUGCUCUACAUCAGCAUGGACCAGUCAGAGGACGACCAGGACAGCUUUCUCCAAGAGCUACCCAAGAAAUGCUUGUUUCUGGCCUACGAGGACCCCUACAGGAGGGAGUUGGAAGCCAUGUUUAAAAUAGAGAAGGUGCCCACAGUGGUUGUCCUGCGCCCCGACAGCUCUGUACUUACCCCAAAUGCAGUGGAGGAGAUACUGCACUUGGGUCCAGAUUGCUACAAGAACUGGCAGGAGGCAGCCGAAAUCAUUGACAGAAACUUUAUGAUCAGUGACGACAUCAGCGAGAAGUCAAUGAGGAGCUUGAGUGACCCUGUGAGGAGACUCAAGUACAAGGUGGAAAACAAGAAGAAGGAGCAGCGUGGAAGAUGGGGAAGGAGAAAAGAUGCAGAGGCGGAUGGAGGAGGAGGAGAUGGUGGAACAGAGUCACCUUGGUGA